CGAUAUAUAAUCUCCUUGUGAGUAUCAUGUCAAGUCUUAAGGAAUUCUUAGAAAAAAAGGUAAGAAUCAUAUCUACAGAUGCGAGGCUUUUUGAAGGUACUCUCCAAGGGUUUGAUAAUUCAACCAAUAUAAUCGUAUCGAAUUGUAUAGAGAGAAUCAUCUAUCCUGAAUCCGAUGAGGAGACUCAGGAAAUCCCCAUGGGUUUGUAUCUCUUACGUGGAGGGAAUAUCGUUUGCAUUGGAGAAGUUGAAGAUCCUGAUCCAGUCGAUUGGCUGACUAUCCAUGGUGAUGAUUUAAAGGGAACCAAGAACCCCCUUUAAUUUCAUCCAGUAUAAACCUCAUCUUCCAUUCAUAACCUUCCAGUAGCAAAUUCAAGAAAUUUGUGUUGUAUCAUAGAAUUAACAAAUAAUAAACAUACAAGGGAUACCCAAAAUAUAUCCGUCAAAAAGAGAGAAGCCCCAUACACAAAACAAAAGUUGAGAAUAUUAACGAGUUGGGACAUAACCAACAAAAAACAGUUAAUAUUCAUCGAUACAGUUGAUUUACUCAAUCAUCCUACUACUUCUUAUAUUCAUAAAUAAAAUACUUAU